UCAACGUCAAGAGAUAACCGAUGUCAAAUACAAUAAAUACCCUCUCGGUAAGUUAAGUCGCCAUUAAGUAUCAAAGUGUGAAUAAAUGAGGACCCUGACAAUAAAGUCAACCACGAUGAAAAUAAUAUUGUUGAUUGCUACUACCAUUGUCAUCUCAUCAGUGUAUGGUUAUUUACCGGACGAGGAUUAUGGUGAGGAGUUCCUAGCUUUGUCCAAAACAUUACACAAAAAAUGCGUUGCUAUAAUGGGAGUUACACUAGCCGAAAUUGACAGUUUGAAAAAUGGAAUUUUUGAUGCAACUGAACAAAUGAAGAGAUACGUCUUAUGUUUGUGGCUAGUUAGUGAAGAGAUGAAUACUGAUUUGACUAUGAACCACAAGUUAUUGACGAAGUAUAUGCCUAAAAAAGUGAAAAACGGCGUGAAAAUAUAUGAAAGAUGUAACAAAGAAGCUAGAGAAUCAAGUGAAGCUGAACCCUACGAAAUAAUAUUUGAUAUGAUGAAAUGUUACUACAACGCAGACCCUGAAUUAUCCAAAAUGAAACUAACUCUGUUGAUUGCUAUUAUUGGAAUCUCUUCAGCAUAUGGAUACUUAGCAGAUGAGGAUUAUGGUGCAGAAUUCCUUGCUUUAGCCAAACUUACUCACAAGAAAUGUGUCCCUAUCACAGGUGUUACCCAAGAGUUGAUAGAUGCAAUGAAAAACGGAAAUUUUCCUGACAACGAAAUUUUGAAGCGAUACACCUUGUGCCUCUGGCUGGUUGCUGAAGCGAUGACUACUGAUUUUAAUAUAAAUACCAAGAUGGUGGAAAAGAGUAUGCCUAAAAAAAUUGUUAACGGCAAAGAAUUACUUCAAUCAUGUGGCAAACAAGCUCAGAAAUCAGGUUUAACAUCACCUCACGAAACAGUAUAUGAAGUGAUGAAAUGUUUCUACAAAGCAGAUCCUGAACACUUCAUCAUGUUCUAAAGGCAAGUUCAUGGAGCCAGAAUGAAGGAACACCCAUGUAGUGACAUCUUAUGAAUACUAACUUCAAACAUGUAUUAAUUAUAUAUUCACCAAUAUAACGUCUUAAAAGAGAA